UGAUUGUCUAUUCGUCUAUUGCAUAUUCUACGUUUUCAUUGGUUAUAUUUAGAUAUUGGGGUUAAGUAGGGAGAUGCACUAUCCGUGAUUACACGUAUAUUUUAAGUGUGUAAACUUUUGAUAAAAUCACUCGCGGCUCCAAAUUUUUCUAGUGCUGAACCGUCAAUUUUGUCAGAUUUUUUGUUCGAAUUUUGGAAUUUUCUAAUCUGUGAGUAUAUGGUAGAAAAUAACCAAAAAUAAUAUAAGUGCGUUAUUAUAUAUUUUCUUGAUUUCUGUUUUUACACACGUUGAUUAUUUACAUGAUUUACAAAAAUACUUGAAUCUUAAAAAUAUUCAGCUGCUGUAAUUACAGUUGUCACAUGUACGUAACAAUAAAUAUUUGAAUCUGUGCGUUUAUCGAGUUUAUAGGUUAUACCUACACAUAAAAAAUAACAUUGAAGAAAUAUCUUUUUCUUUCCAAGGCAAAGAUUUGUGUUUAAUGUAAUAUUUAAAUUUGCUGCUACAAGUAUUCAAGAUGGGAGAUCAAGUUAUAAAACAAGUUAUAAAAGGAACAUCAUUAAAAAGUUUUCCUCUACAAGAGAAAAGGAUGAUUUUGCCAGAUGUAAUACUGCAUACCAGAAAUGUAAUGAUACCUAUCACAAGACCUGUACCUGUACCUUUGAAGCAAACGUUCGAUGUUUCUUGGUCAGAGAAUAAACCUCGGAUUGUGAGGAUGCAGUACUAUAAAAAUAAUCCUGCAUUAAUAUUCUCAGAAACACCGUCACAUACAUUGUACAAUCGUAUGGAAAAUUUAUUUGAGGUAAAAAGAAUCAACCAUUGGAAAUCGAAAAAUCAAAACAAAAAAUAUACUAUUUCUGGAAAGACAAACUCUCUAUGUAUAAGUAAACAACCUAGUAUAUUACAACAUUUCUGUCCGUCAAGAAGAUUUUCUUGCAACAGAAAGGAUAACACGUUACGCUUCCCUAAUACAAUGCUUGUAAAUUACGAAACAAAUAACAAAUAUUUGCACAAAGCAAGCUCAAAAUCCAUAAAAUUAACUAGAAAAUGCGAUGCGUUGCAAAUAAAAGAGAAUGAAAAAUUAUAUGAAAACAAACUUGUGACCAUGCCAAAAAAAACACUUAAUAAUAACAUAAAUAAACCAGUUGUAUUAUUAACGAGUGAGUCAUCUCACAAUAUUAGUGAUUCCGAUUUUACAUUAUCAACACUGUCAGUGUCGAAUUUCCAGAUAGAAAAUAAAAAAUUAUUUGCAAAUAUUGGAAACAGAAGGAAUUCAAUGUCUAGAAUAAUGUCGAACCAUUUGCACCCCAGUAACAGCGAAUAUGAAAUAAAUGUUUUGCAUUACGAAAAUGAUAUUCCUUCUGAUAACUUAUGCAACACAAACAAAUCUGUACCGGACUUUAAAUAUUCAUGGAAACUAGAUAGAUGGAUGUCAUAUUCUCAAAAACAAAAACAUGACAACAUAUGUGGGAUAAAAGAUGUUGAGUUGUAUAAGAGAAAGCCUUAUUAUGACUGUAAAAUAAAAUAUUCGUGGCAAGUUAUUGGAACGAGCGCACAGACAUCGCACAGUUUGUUACAGAAUUUAAAUCUAAAUCUUAACACAGAAGAUAAGGCAUAUAAAACGUGCGGUAUAAAAUAUUCCUGGCAAAUUGUAGGCAUCAGCACUCAAGCGAGUCUGCACGAUCAUCAUAAAGAUUCCGAUUAUUGGGAGGGUAUGGUGUUGACACCAAAUAAAAAUUAUAAUAAAAAUAAAAUUGCACAAAAUGACAAUAAUGGAACAGAUUAUAACCAAGUGCAAAGUUAUGUAAAAUAUCCUGAAGAACAAUUGAAAAAAUACUUGAUAUUAAACAAUCAACAAACUCAAACUUUUACCGAGAAAACAAUUCAAACUGAUAUCAAUGAUAUUAACGAUCAUUGUGUUAUAAAAUAUUCUUGGCACAAUUUAAUUAAACAAUAUCUAUAAUUAAAACACAAAAGUGGAUGGUGCAAUUUGCGAAUUAUGGAUCAAAUUUUAGAAACAUUGGCCAAUCAAAAUCUAUCAGAUACGUUGGAAACAGAGCGGAUCGACAACCGCGAUGAGUUAUUA